AUGAUAAAAAGUAGAACAUCAGGAGGAAUGCUCAAAUACAAACAGCAUGCCUAUGUUAAGGGAAGGUCGGUGCAGACUGCCCAGCACGAACAUUUUAGUCAACACCAUCAGACCAUUGAAGAGGCUAAACGUAAGGUUGCCGAUGUUCUUGAUGGGCAAGCCUCGUUCGAAGAAGUUGGAACUUAUGGCGAUGUCGCUGGUGUAGGCGGUGUUGGUACAGUUGGUUUGUCGUCUGGAUCAUCGGGUUAUGGCUCAUCGGGCUUUGGCGCAUCCGCCAACUCUGGUUUUGGUUCUUCUUCCAAUUCUGCUUUUAGUUCAACAUCUAACGCAGGUUUCGGUGCUUCCUCCAACUCUGCUUUUGGUGCCAAUUCUGGAUUUGGUGCCAACUCUGCUUAUGGAGCCAACGCUGCUUUUGGAGCCGACUCUGGUUUCGCCGCAAAUAGUGCUUAUGGCUCAAAUUCUGGUUUCGGUGCUUCGGGCAGUUCUAGCUAUGGAUCUUCCGGAAGCUCUGCUUUUGACAGCAGUUCUAAAUUUUCUGCCGGUUCGACCUUUGGUGCUAGCCAGGCGGCCAACCUAGCCGCCUCUUCUACAUCCGGUUUUGGUUCGGAAUCUUCCUUCACUAGUGGAUCAAAUACUGGAUCAUCCGUUGUGAUUCCUAUUGUUGGCGGUACUUCUGGGGGCCAUGAAUCCGCCGCGUAA